UUCAACCAAUUGUUAAUCGACCGUCGUCACGAGCAGUAAUCGUUGGAUUCAGUGGAAAAGUUUAAACAUCCGAAAGUGCAAAAGUGUGCAAAAAAAGAAAAGUCUUACUAAACAAAAACGCUUGUUGCUUUCUCYAACACCACAAAUAUUAAACAGUGAAAAUGAGUUCUAAAUCGUAUUUUGAGGAUUCGCGCGACGAAAGCCAAGGUGGAAAACUGUCCAGAAAAAUAAAGGAUUCGCCAUUCAUGAUUAUUGGUUUGGCUGGCUUCGUAGCGGCUGGCAUUAUUGGUGCUUAUAAAUAUAAGAACCGUGGCACAAUGAGCACCAGUGUUUUCCUAAUGCAACUUCGUGUUGCGGCGCAAGGAACCGUUGUCGGGGCGCUGACAUUGGGUCUCGGCUAUAGCAUGGCCAACGAAUAUAUAUUUAACAAAACACCCAAAGAAAAUACAAAACAGUCUCAAUAAAAAUAAACCACUUCUUUUUACAUAUACAUAUGUACAGAUAUUCAGAAUAACAAGCGAAAUGUGUGCAUCAAGGAUUUGCUGCAAAUUCUUACCAAACUGAAAUCCUCGUUAAGAGCUGGGACUCUCAUACUAUAACAGUUACAUAACAUACAUACUAAAUAUUUUCAUACAUAAUUUUUAGCUAAAU